ACAAUGUCUAGCUUAUUAAUCCUUUUCAUUUUCUGCUUUUGCGUCUGCUUGCUUCUAGAGAUUAAACUAUUAGACAUGACUAAUAAACAAUAAAACUGUUAAAUGCUUUAAGAUGCUAUCAGUAAAAUGAUUCUGGUGUAGAUGUAAUAUGAUGAAACACUCAAGUCUUGUCUUUGAACUAAAUAUAAAGUGUGAUGGUGACUUUGGUCAAUUCCUCAGUGCAGUGCAUGCUAGUUCCCAGCAGUCCUUUUAGUGAGAACUGCAGCUAUUAUUUUCAAGGUCAGAAGGAGAAACUGUUGUAUCUUAGGGAUAUAUUUCUGCAGUGAUAAAGCAAGAUUGUGCAAUCUCUUUUGUUUGGCCAUUAAAGAUUAGCUCAGUGUCAGAAAAUGACCUCAAAGCUUUUUUGUGAAAAGUUUACUUUGGAGCAGAAAGAGACAAUGCUUCAAAGUAUAUUUGUGAAUAGUCAAGGCCAGUACACAAUUUUAAACUGAUAGAUGAAUUAUUUUACCAGGGGACAGACUUGUGUGUUCAGACUGCAGUUUCCAAGGUGUGAAUAAAGUGGGUGUGGUGUUGCUUGAAUUAAACAAAUAUGAACAGGCCCAACAGGCAAGCAGGUCCUAUUGCUCCUCUCUCAAUAGCUGCCGUGUCUUGUGACUAGCAGUGCUCACUUCCUCAUUUUACACUCACCAUUUGAUGCAUGAGUAUAUGAAGGCUAAAAUAAAAUACAGAUUAAUUUUGCACUGAAUGGAUCAAAGCUGGGCGUGCUGGUGAGGCUGCCCAGAACAGGAGAAACAGGACAGAACUGCGUUUUCUGAGGAAGGAUCAAGACGUAGAGAGAGAGAGUCUGACUGAACAUUCCUCAGGAUGAAGAAAAGCAGUAGUGCACAGGGAGUUACACCAGGCGAUGAGAACAAGGAGGCUCCUGUGGGACAAGUUUCUACAGGCAGCACCCUCGGGGCAGAGCUGUGCAAAGUCCACAGGCGGUUCUCUGGUAACCUGCAGUUGCCUCCGUUGUCAUGGCGACAGGCAGAAAAGGAGAGGGACAGGGUCAGAUCGCUAACGCCUGAAGAAGAUCCAGUGACCCAGACAAGACCCACAAGCCUGCCCAUCGCCUCUCUGCCCCGCAUCGACAUCACACAGGCUGACCCUGACAGUAAUAGCUGUGACCCUGUGCCCUGGAGAAGAGCUCACUUUUUCCAAGACAUCAGAUGCUUUGAAGUGGAGAAUGGCCCAUCAUUGUGCUGCAGUCCUUCAGACCCACAGGCAUCCCCAGGCUCUGGUCUGGUCCUACAUCCCAACCUGGCAGGCCAUGGCCAGCGCCGGGAGUCCUUUUUGUACCGCUCUGACAGCGAAUACGACCUGUCCCCCAAGUCCUUGUCGAGAAACUCUUCCAUUGUCGGAGAACUGCAUGGAGAGGACUUGAUUGUGACUCCUUUUGCCCAGGUUCUGGCGAGCCUUCGAACGGUCAGGAACAACUUCACCACCCUGACGAAUGUGCAAUGUGCAUCCUCCAAAAAGUCUCCUGCUGCCAGUCAGCCCUCUGUCACCAAAGUCUGUCUGUCAGAUGAGUCUUACCAGAAACUGGCAAUGGAGACCAUGGAGGAGCUGGACUGGUGUCUGGACCAGUUGGAGACCAUCCAGACCUACCGCUCAGUCAGUGACAUGGCCUCCAACAAGUUCAAGAGGAUGCUGAAUCGAGAGCUAAGUCACCUGUCUGAGAUGAGUCGCUCAGGCAACCAAGUGUCAGAGUACAUCUCCAACACCUUCCUAGACAAGCAGAAUGAGUUGGAGCUUCCGUGUCCAGUUCCUAAGUCAAGGGAAAGGAAGAGGAGGCAGGGCCAGCAGCAGCAGCAGCAGCAACAGAGUGGGAUGAUGACUCAGAUCAGUGGGGUGAGGAAGGUCAGCCACACACCCAGCAUCUCUGGAAGCUCCAGCAGUCGUUUCGGGGUGAAGACGGACCAGGAGGAACUGCUGUCAAAGGACCUGGAGGACAUCAACAAAUGGGGCCUGAAUAUCUUUAGAGUGGCCGAGCACUCCCAUAACCGACCGCUCACAUGCAUCAUGUACACCAUCUUUCAGGAGCGAGACCUGAUGAGGACGUUCAAGAUUCCAGCGGACACCUUUGUGACGUUCAUGCUGACCUUGGAGAGCCACUAUCACUCCGACGUGGCCUACCACAACAGCCUACAUGCCGCAGACGUAGCCCAGUCAACACAUAUCCUCCUGUCCACGCCUGCACUGGAUGCAGUCUUCACUGAUUUGGAGAUCCUGGCAGCCAUUUUUGCUGCAGCCAUUCACGAUGUUGACCACCCAGGGGUGUCCAACCAGUUUCUCAUCAACACCAACUCCGAGCUGGCUCUGAUGUACAACGAUGAGUCAGUGCUGGAGAACCACCACCUGGCUGUGGGCUUCAAACUGCUGCAGGAAGAGAACUGCGACAUCUUCCAGAACCUCAGCAAGAAGCAGAGGCAGACACUCCGGCGGAUGGUCAUAGACAUGGUAUUGGCAACUGACAUGUCCAAACACAUGAGUCUGCUGGCUAAUCUGAAGACAAUGGUGGAAACCAAAAAGGUGACCAGCUCUGGAGUCCUGCUGUUGGACAACUACACAGACAGGAUGCAAGUUUUGCGCAACAUGGUUCACUGUGCAGACCUGAGCAACCCAACCAAGCCUCUGGAUCUGUACCGGCAGUGGACAGACAGGAUUAUGGAUGAGUUCUUUCACCAGGGAGACAGAGAGAGAGAGAGGGGUAUGGAGAUCAGUCCCAUGUGUGACAAACACACAGCUUCGGUGGAGAGAACACAGGUUGGCUUCAUCGAUUACAUCGUCCACCCUCUGUGGGAGACGUGGGCCGACCUGGUCCACCCUGAUGCCCAGGACAUCCUGGACACACUGGAGGACAACAGGAACUGGUACCAGAGCAUGAUCCCCCAGAGUCCCUCCCCUCCGUUCUACACCAACGACGAGGAGGGUGGUCCACAUGAGGAGGUGGAGGGGGGGCCUGCGACGAGUAAAUUUCAGUUUGAACUGACGCUGGAGGACCAGGAUGGAGAUGGAGAAAGCGGGGUGAUGGAGACAGCUGACAGCGUGUUGCUCCGAGACCAUCCUUCUGGUCUGGAUGCAAUAGAAAUGGCGGCACGUGAUGUGUCCCCCGCAGAAACAUAGCUGAUGAACUGAUGGAGUUCUUAGAGUGCAGCAGCUUUUGCUGUUUUGGCUGAAUUCAUUUAAUUGCAGUAGAGCAAUCCUGCAAUCUGGCUCUUUGGAGCUGCCUGGCAAAGAGGGCCUGAAUGAAUGUGGGGCACCCCUGCAAACGAGGCUUGGAAACCCUGUGACAGUUUGUUUUUGAGCUCCCUAGAAGGGAGAUGGAAGAGUGUAGCGUCUAUUCUUUAAGGAAUGUCACUGCAGAGACAGGGCUGAAUCUUCUCGCAGACAAAGAAGUUGAAGAGGACGACAUGUAUCCGUGUACUGAGACCAGUAAAAAGAAUUUGCACUUCAAGACAUUUUUUAAUGCUCAUUUAGGUAUUGUGUCGGGAUCGGAUGUCACCUGGUGAAGUGUCCAAACAAAACUACUGGUCAGCAAUUUCUUUGUAACCAAGUUGUUUUUUUCUAACACUCGUCAAAAAAACAAAAACAAAAAAAAAAAGGAAAGAAAGACAGAAAAAAAAGUUUUGUGCCUUUUUUUAAACAACCAUGUCUUUUUGUAAGUGUUUUUAUAAUUUAUUGAACACAUUCAUGUAGCUGUAAAAUGUGUCAAAUUUUCUACAAAAAGGACACAUUUGUCUCACGCAGUCUUCCUGAUGUUCUGGCAAUAGUAUAAGCUUGUUCACACAAAAGCGUCCGGUGGAUGUAUUUCAAACAUCAGUUGACUUCCCAGCACAAUUUGCACUUUGUGUCACAGGACGAAGAGUGGACAGAAAACAUUAUAGUAAACCUCUUAAACCAAAAUCAUGAAUUAACAAUAUAUUUUUUCUCCAAUAAUUAGUUUCAUAAGCUAUUAGAUAACUCAGAUCUCCUGAAAGUGUGUUUUUGAGAACAAAAACAUGGGAUUAAAUGUUUGAAAAACUCCAAAGAUUCUGUACAGAAAGCACUUUGAUGAUCUCACUGCCGCCUCUGAAAAGUGUGAUCCCACACUUUAAGAGUCACCAGUGUAACAAGUCAAACUUCCAAGCAGAAACCAGAUUGAUCUCUCACAUUUUCCCGUAGCUGGAUGAACGGUUUGGGCAAAUGAAAGCCAGUUAUGUGUCACCAAAAUGAUCCAGGUUUAAAAAUCUUGCGUUGUGCUGAGCUAUUCCAGUAUAAAUAAAUCUGUUUCCUCCUUGUAAUUCCCCUUCUCAUUAGCUCACACACCUGUUGCGGUUGACAUCAUUCCAUUCUCAUGAGCACCCUUCGCACCGUGACUCAUUUUGAACAUUGAACGACUGUGCGCACAUUUUAAACACACGCCUGUUAGUGAUAGGUUAAUUGUGUCUUGUAGUUUUUAUUCCAGCACUUUGAAUAUGUCGACAGUUCCGCAGCUGGUUGCUGAUCUGUCCAACACUACCUUAAAGGUACCACAUUGUAAGGUGCAACCUUCCGAGUAAAGGGGACAUAACGUCUCCUGUGUGUCUGCGUGUGUGCAUGUGAGUGUGUAUGUAAGUGGUCACAGAGUUGCACAAUCUUGUUGCACCCAGCUGUAUUGUGCUGACCCUUCAGCUGUUUGUAACAGUGUAUUUAUCUGUAUUUAUCUUAUUCUUGUAUAUGAUAAUAUUGAUAUUGAUUGUUAAUAUUCCCUGUAUAUUUCUUAUUAUUUAUACGCACUACCACGUAUCAAAUCAGUUUGACUGAACUUGUCUGGUGGUUCUGAUUUGUUGUAUUUUGCAAGCUAUUUUGCUAACAUGAAGUUUUGACAAUUUGAAAUGUAUGUUUGAUUUUAAAGAUUUCAGCCAGAAAUGUUUGUGUAGUCUGAACCAACAACGCCUCAUGUGAGGUGCAGAAGAAGCUUUUUGUUUUUUGUCUUUUUUUUGUUCCUGGCAGAUUACGAAGGCUGGAUAUUUACUGCAGUAUAUUGUGUACGGUGACGGGUCAUUGUACAGCUAUAUUUGCUUAAAUAUAUAAACAUUGUUUCAGAUAUAUUUUUUCAGUGUUUUCCUCACAGUAUAUGGUAAAAAAUGGUGUAUGUAUGUUGUGCUCAACAGAUGUUUUCUAUCAGAUUAUUAAAUUGGGCAUGUAUUACAGAAA